AUGCAGAUCCCCGAUGAAGGCACCGCCGCCCGCCACUGCGUGCGGGUGGUCGAGGACUACCACCUCCUGGACUUCUCUGAACGACUGAACACUAGCUCUUAUGUGAAUGUGGUCUUUGAGCCAGAAGAAGAGAAGGUGGCCUUGAUGGGUCUCAAGGUGAACCUCGCCGAUCAGACCGUCUACCCUGAGUCCUUUCGAAUGCACAAUGACACCAUCAACAUGAUCCUCGGGAUCGCGAAGGCUUGGCAUUGCCCGAAGCCCGACGACUUCGACGACUACGGCUGCUACGCGGGCGCCGGCACCGUGGGCUCCACCGAGGCCUGCUUGUUGGCGGGGCUGGCGCUGAAAUUCCGCUGGCGAAAGUGGUAUGGGCAGAAGUUUGGGAAGAACGAAGAUGAAGUGCGUGGCGUGUACCCCAACCUGGUGAUCUCCACGAUGUUCCAGGCUGCCUGGGAGAAGUUGUUCAAGUACAUGGACAUCCAACCACGCUUUGUGCCUCCCAGCUACAAGACCUUCACCUUGGAUCCCGCCAAGAUCAAGGACUUCAUCGAUGAGAAGACCAUCGGAGUGGUUUGCAUCAUGGGCAACCACUAUGGUGGCCAGUAUGACCCGGUGUGGGAGGUCGAUGCCAUGUUGGAGAAGAUCAAUGCGGAGAAGGGGUUGAAGGUGGGCAUUCACGUGGACGCCGCCUCCGGCGGUUUCAUCGCGCCCUUCCAGGAGGGUUUGCCACCCUGGGACUUCCGCUUGAAGAACGUUUUGUCCAUCUCUGCCAGUGGCCACAAGUUCGGAAACUCCUGCUGUGGCACAGGCUGGGUGAUCUGGCGCCAGCGGAAGGGACUGUCGGAGCACGUGGCCAUCAGCGUGUCCUACUUGGGAGGAAGUGCUGACUCCUACACGCUGAACUUCUCUCGGCCUGCGCAGGGCGUCUACGUGCAGUUCUACAAGUUUCUCCGGCUUGGCAAGAAGGGCUACGCGACGCAGGUGGCGAACCAGCUGGCCGUGGCGCAGUACCUUAGAGAAAGCUGGGACGCCCCAGCCGUCUCCGUGCCGGCCAUGCGCGAAACUCGCUUCGGUGCCGAUGUCCUUGGCAUCUUCGGACGGGCCAACGGGUGCCACCUCGAUCUCCAUUCGGUGGAGGUGGACGAAGCCGAAUCGAUGGCGGGUCGACGUCGAGACUGA